AUGACUCGAAGCAAAGCUUCUACGACAAAGCCAAGCGACAGCGAACGCCCACCAACACGUGUGGGUUCACCCGGAUGCAGUUCAGAAAGUGAGAAUAAUAUUUCCUUUGAUACAGCGACAUUGAUUGGAAAGAGUCGACGGAAGAGCUCUUCUACUAUAUCAACGAUACAAUCUACAGGCAAAAAUGCACCUGAAACGACGUCGACAUCGAGCAGUUAUGUCCCUCCACAAAGAACACCGGAUCCGGUCAAAUUAGCUGCGGCGAAAAAGGCCUCGGAAUCUUCAAAGUUGCAAGAAACUGCUCAGAAACAAGAAAAUGGAAAGAAAGGCAAGGCGGUCGACGUCAAGCUCGUCCCGACGAUCAAGUUCCACUGCAAAAGGCGUCCUCUUACGCGACCUGUUGAGAAACGAAGAUCGAAGCGAUAG